AUGGACACUCGCUCGGCGACUGCAAUGCGCCGCGAUGCUUUGAAGGCAACUGUACUGCCUGCGCACGUGCACGUCGGUGACGGAGAAGGUCUGGACGCGAGUGGCAACGACGCUAAGCCGUACCAGCAGCGGAAGCGACGACGCUGGAGGAGGCAAAGGCAGCGGAGCGGGCGACAGUCGGAACUUCUCCCGGAGGCUGGUUUGUGGGGGGGGCAGCCGGAAUACCCGCAUCUGCAGCCCGAGCAACCGUACUCGCAAAGGAAUCGACCGGAGGCGCUCCCCGUGUGUGCAGCUGGAGGGAUGGCAUGGGAAACAGCACCUGUGGCGGGAGCGGCGACUGGUGGUGGUGAUUUCCCCGCUAUGGCGGCGGGCGGGGGGGGCGGUCGGGGCGCAGGCACUCGCGGUCGGAGCGGCGGCAUUGCCAGCAACACCGGCGGUGAGAGCGGCGACCCCCCGCAGCAGAGUCUUCCCCGCGGCGGCGGCGGUGCGAGGGGCGGCUGGGGUGCAGGCACGUGGGACUGGAGAACAGUAUGGGUGGUGGCACCGGCGACAUCGUCGACCGGCGGCCCAGUAGCCCCCGCUGUACUAACGGGCGAGGGCGUCACAGCGCCCACAUCAGCAGCUACACUGGCAUCAGCAGCGCAAGAGGUGGAGGACGAGUGCGAGGAGGAUAGUCGUUGGUUGGAAAAUGAGGAUAAACGCGGCAAAAUCAGCAACGGCAGCGGCGACGGCAGCAUCGUGGCGUUGUCUGCUGGUGCUGAGCAUUCCGGCGCCCAUCCGACCGUGACGGAUUGAGUUCCAUGGUCGGAGAUAUGUUGAAGGGGGACUGUCAAUCGAUAUACAUUUGUUUGGAGUGCUCUGCUUGGAGUGCUCGGCAGAGUAUACUGCCUACGGGGCUUACGGGGGGGUACGCGGAUGAAAUGUGUUGGUGGGCAUGCUGCAUAGCGAUGGUGUUGCCUACCGCAUGUCUCUCACUCUCCAAGCAACAAGGUCUUGAAUCAAUCAUCUUUCUCUUUCGGCCUCUGACGAGCUACCGCACCCAAACACAAUAUAUUGCAAGGCCUGGUGUUGGUAGUGGGUGUUGGCGUUUGAGCGGUGGGAGCUGGGCCAUCGGGGCAGCGGACUCCAUUUUCAUAGCUGGGAUCGCGGCCAAAGGCGGCGAGGAAAGCAGUGCAUAGCUGGUGCGGUGGCCAUUGCGGGGACCGGGACAGCGGGGCUAAUAGCUGGGACAGCACUUCGAGGCUGGGACAGCAGGGAGGGUUUAGAAUUAUAGUUUGAUUGAUAUGUCUGGAACUGAGGAGGAAACAGCUCUGCGCGCUAGGUUGGAUGAGGCGCUACGAGCUAUAGAUGCUGUCAAGGCUGAGACGAAGUAGGCCAAGGCUGAGACGGAGGAGGUUAGGGCAGCACAGAGGCGGUCGGCGGGUGCACCUGCCGGCAGCAGCAGCCCAGGAGGCGAUUGUCUAGUUGCUCCUGGAGGGGCUUCAUCUGCACCGGUGAGGCCAAUGUGGCCAGGCGCGGUGAGUCAUGAUGGCGGUACUGGGGUGCCGGGUUUGCCUCUGGGAGAUACAAUUGUUAGAACUCCUGUGCCUAGAAUCCCGGCAAAUUGCACCACCGACACCUUUCUCAGUUGGCGGAGACGCUGUCUGACCUACGUGGACAACCAUUAUCUCCAGUACACAAUCUCCGGCAGUGCUUAGGUUCCCGUUGUCAGUUGUCAAGAUGAAGGAUACUUGACUCGCCAG